AUGCCUGAAGAUACAGUUUUUGAAAUAUCUCAAGAUGAGCUCGAUGCUGAAGCUCGCAUUCGUGCCGAAUUUCAAUGUUUGACCAAUAAUCAAGUUUUUGAACAUGUAUUUCGCUAUCGCAUCAUGGCACUCAAACGUGGUGUGACAGUUUUGCGUUCCGCAUCAGAUGUUUUAGGUAACGACAGUCGUGAACUCAUGAUUCCAUCGUUACAAGAAACUCUGAAUUCAGUCAUUAAUAAUACUUCCGCAACUGGUGAAUUUCAUAUGUUGGAUGUGGGCGCUGGCUCUGGGGAAGCUAUUGAUUGGUUUUUUGCAAAGAAAUUUGAAGAAAAUGUUAGCAUAGGAAAAAACAAACAUAUCAUUCAUAUUAUUGAACCAAAUCCUAUUUUGUUAAAAGCCUAUCAACAAAAAUUAUUAGAAUAUGAGCAUCUUGAUCAAGGAAUUGUUUAUCAGGGACCUGUACAAGAUUAUUAUACAUCCCACGAGGAUGCUCUAUUACUACCAAAACUGCCAGCAUCUGAUAUCACAAAAUUAACAAUUGAUCCACGUAAAGCUAUUAUAGAUUUUAUUACAUUCCUAUACGGAUUACUAAAGCCAGGUGGUGCAAUUUACAUUGCAUUUCUUGAUAUGGAAAAUGCAUUCAAUUCAAUUAGUAGAAACUUUUUUGAACAAAUCAUUGGUGAUAAAGAUACUUCACGAAAUAUUUCACAUACUGGCAAAGCGCGAAAUGAACUUUUACUUGAAGGUAAAAUUUUAAAAGUUUUAGAGUCACAAAUUGUUGAUGAGAAUAUUCGCCCAAAAAUUUGGAGCAGCAAGGUGCCAAGUGGUUUCUAUGCAAGAUCAUUGGGAGAUCUUGCGGUUUUAACUUUAACUGGAGAACUGCUAAGGUCUGAUGAUGACAAGUUUGAUAUUAGAAUGUUAGAUUUCGCUAUAAAAGAAUUAAAAACCGCUGCUGUUACACCCGUGGCUAUUGGAGAAGAUAAACCAUUCGGUUUAACGCGCUGCAUCCGUGGUGGAGAAAAUGUUUGGAGAGCUGAUAAUCCUUUAAUUAUUAGUGUCAUCAAAAAAGAACGUGUGG